AUGAACACAUUAAUUCCUUUUAGAACUACCGACCAAGAUCGUAAUUCUGAGACUAACAAUGGCAUUAAUAACAAUGAUGAAAACCACGAAAACAAUAAUUCUAAAAAUAGUAAUAUCAACAGUGAUGACAAGAUAUUGUCGUCGACACAAUCAUCACAACCAUCCAAUUCCGAUUUGAUAUCGAAUAAGCUAAUUAACUUCUUAACAACCGAUACCACCAUCGAGAACUCAUCACCAUUGCCUGGCGCUGAUAACAUGGAAGAGUAUAACAAUAACUUAGAUAAUCAUACCAGUAAUAAAAUUGAUCGAUCCUCCGCUUGGCGAAUAGCGGGAAUCUGUGAUAAUAAUCCUCGUCUUUAUGAUCUUGAAGGGUGGACUGAUACUUCAUGCGAUCAAGAUGUCAAUGUAGCGAGGCCACCCUUGACUCAUAAUUCAUCACCGCGUUGUCAUUCACCUAGUUACGACGAGUACAAUACUGAAAAUUUAUUGGAACCUACUGGUUUAACUGGUGGGGAAGAAAUUAACACUUGUAAGAGUACAAGUAAUUACGACAGCAAUAACAAAAGCAAAUCCAUCUCUAGAGCGAAAGCAAUUAAAAAUUUACCCGCGCUUUUUCGUUCAUCAGUGCACGCGUCUAGUCUUAACAGUUACGAUAAGGCACGUCCACUUUCGGUUCACGAAGAACAUAUUUUUGAUGUUGAAGAACCUUCACUUGAUAUAAAUCAUUUCGAAGAUGAACUAUCAUCGGACGAUGAGAUGAACGAAAGAGUUUUGCAUGUAUUGACGGGUCCUCGAAAUAUGGAGCAAACUGUCAAUUGGGGAGAAUGUAUGAAAUAA